UCAAUAUUUUCUGUUUUAAUAUAGAUUCUUCAUAUCGAUAUAUGAGGAAUCUAUAAUUUCUAAAUUUAGUAAAUUGCAUAGGUAGAUUUAUUUUCAUUGUGUUCAUACAUUAAAAUAAUGUUCGUCUCUAAUUUGCUAGUAUGAAAUUAAGAACAAAAGUUAGAGCACUUUAUAAACAAUUACUGUUCCUUGGGCGUAAUCAUCCUUCCGGUUAUAUAAAAUUUAGAAACCAGUGUCACGAAGCAUUUAUAAAAAAUAAAGAUGAACAGCAUCCACAGAAGAUUAAAGAAUUACUAGUUAAGGGAAGAUACAUUUGCAACGAAAUUGAAGCGUUGUAUCAUUUAAAAAAAUACAGAUCUAUGAAAUCAAGAUAUGAGAAGUGAAAAA